GUCGGAGGAGUACAGCAUCAGCUAUGCAGAACUCCCGUCGCGUCCUGGUGCCCGUUAACCCACUGAAUAUGCAUUCUCUUCGAAGAGGGCGAUGACACCCUCGUAGACGUGUAUGCUACAAUGGCAAGCAUACACUCAGCAUCAGAACUUCUGCCCGUCAUUUCAAUGUGGAGAUCAUCGCGUUACAGAAUGGUGUGCUAACGAGACUACCAGUGUUCUUCGGCGGUAUCGCCUAUGUUUCCUGGUACAAGCAGAACGUUCUCGACAAGUCCGCAGAUUGAACUUGCGUUCGCACGAGGCUACGACCCAGCCCUCGAACUCGCUAGCAAUCCACGCAAGCAGCACGAAGCUAGAGACGAAUAUGUUCCAUGGGCACAGCACGUACGCCGCCGAGAACAAACACUGCUUGACCGUAUCAUCAAGGGCGCCGAGAUUGGACAGUACUACCUCCUGCUCGGUCCCAAGGGUACUGGUAAGGGUACAAUGAUCCUCGACGCUAUGCAGGCCGUCGAAGCCGAGGGUGUCGCGAUAUGUGAUGCGCACCCGGACCUGGAAGUGUUCCGUCUGCGUCUUGGCAAGGCGUUGAACUACGAGUUCAAUGAGGAUACGCAGACCAGCCUGUUUCAACGGCGUGACCCUCGAGAGGCCGGACCAUGCCUGGAUAUUGAGCGUGCACUUAACAAGCUGGAGAAGGUCGCGCUCCGACACGCGCGACGGACGGGCAGGCCGCUCGUUCUGAUCUUGAACAACAUUCAAUUCUUCAGAAACGACGAUGGCGGGAGGCAGAUGCUGCUGCAGAUGCAGCAACGCGCGGAAACUUGGGCGGCUGCAGGGAUUUUGACAAUGGUGUUCAGCAGCGAUGACUUCUGGCCUUUCCUAGUCAUGCGCAAGAUUGCCAGCAGGAUGCAGGUUGUUACGGUCUCUGACCUGAGCUUCAAGGAUGCGCUCCGGGCCUCGGCACAAAUGCGCCUCAACGCCAAGAUUCCGACUGACCCAGAGGACCUCCACGACACAGUCUCCAUAGUGGGCGGACGGCUAUCGUACCUCUCCCGGGUCUCAAAGUACGCGAACAUGCGCGAGCAUGCGAGGCACAUGCUCGCCGUCGAGAAGGCGUGGCUGCUCAGCCUCGUCGGGCUCAUCCCCGACUGUGACGACGACGUCAUGGACGAGCAGAAGUGGAGCUCGUGCUCAUGGCUUCUCCUGCGCGAGUUCGUCAAGCAGCGCCGCGAGGACGAGCGCAAGCGUACGGAGGCGCUUGCCUCCGGUGAGCUAUCGCCCGAGGACCUCGAUGAGCUGCCUCUCCCGAAGAUCUCAUACCACAAGUGUCGUCAGAUCAUGACCAGAGCAGACUUUCUUGAAGACCUCGAUCGUGCCAAUGUCAUAGCCAUUGAUAUGCAUCACGACGUUAUGCCUGAUUCCGUUCUGCUGUUGCAAGCCGCACAGGAAGUCGUGGAAGAGGAAGGCUUCGAUGAUCUACUGGACAGCGUGCGGAACCGAGUAGACGAGAUCGAGAGCCUCCAUCGCACGAGGGAGUUAACGGUGUGUUUUACUGUUGGCCAAUGCACAGGCCGCGUUUUCUCUUUCUGUAUGUGUCCAGGACGCUAAUGAUUCCUCUUCCAGUUCAAAGACGUAAAUGCGGGUGAUCGCAUCCGGCUUUCGGUGGACAAAGGGGGAGCGAGUUCAGUCACUAGCUCGUAGGUCUG